CGGAUACCCUAAUUGGUACCUAGCAUGAUUGGAGCUUUUCUGGCCUUGCUCCUUACCGCCGUCUAGUCGUCUUCCCUCUUCCGUUUUAAAAUUUUGCCUCCCAAAAUUUUGCAUCUGUUUUUCAUUUCCCGCUUUAAUACCGCCCUCUCUUUUUCCCACUCACACACACACAGUGACCACUCUUCUUACACUACUCGUUCGUGCGCCCUCUCUCUCUCUCUCUCUCUCUCUCUCUCUCUCGAACCCUGUUAUGCAGUGAAGCUACUGUUAGGUUAAAAUAUUGUGCUGCUUGUGGAAUGUAAGCAGCAAUUACAAGAAGUCGGAAUUUCUACAUUUUACUGUGAGAUUGAGAGUGCUAGGCUGAUUGGAUACUGAUACCAAUUUGCAGCCAUGGAGUGUAACAGGGAUGAGGCAUUGAGGGCUAAGGAAGUUGCUGAAAGUAAAAUGCAACAGGGUGAAUUUCAAGGGGCGCUCAAGUUUGCUCUGAAGGCAAAGAAAAUGUAUACUGAUGUUGAAAACAUUGCUCAGAUCCUUACAAUUUGCGAGGUUCACAAUGCAGCACAGAACAAACUUACUGGUGGAACUGACAUGGACUGGUAUGCUAUUCUUCAGACAGAACAAUUGGCCGAUGAAGCAACCAUAAAGAAGCAGUAUCGGAAGCUUGCACUACUCCUUCAUCCUGAUAAGAACAAAUUUCCUGGUGCAGAAGCUGCUUUCAAGUUGAUUGGGGAAGCCAACAGAGUGUUGGGUGACCAAGCAAAACGUUCUGUGUAUGACAUGAAAUAUCAGGUCUCUGUGAAACCUGCAUUCACUGCAAGAAAUGUUCAAAAUGCAACAAAUUAUCAGAACAGUUAUUUUCCAAACCCCACCUUUGGUAAUGGCCAUCAUCAGCCCGAACCAGAGUUAUUUUGGGCAUCUUGCCCACAUUGUAGUACUAAGUGCCCAUACUACAAAAACAUUUUGAACACAACCUUACAUUGUUAUAAAUGUUUCAAUACCUUUCAUGCUUUGGGGAACCAGAAUGUCUCACCAGGGUAUACGGGGUCAGCAUUUACUAUCCAUAAGGAAGCUCGAAAGAAGGGUGCCCCAAAACCUGCUUCAAAAAGUAAUGGUGGAGGAAAUGCAGAGAACUCCGUGCCAGUGUCUAUGAAGAAAUGUGCUGCUAAUGGAGUUGGUGGGCAUCAUAAAGGUAGAAAGAGUAAUGAUGGCUCUGCGGCUAGAGGGCAACCAAAGCGCAAUGUUUCUGCAUCUAAAGGGACCAAAACAACUGAAUCACAGCACCCAACAAAUGUUGGAAGUAAGAGAGUGAGACAGUCAGCACCAGAUCGAAGAGAAAAUUUCAACUAUUGCAAUGGCAAAGGCAAAGCAGAUGCAAACGUUCAGGAGAAUGGUGUUGAUCCUUCUACACUUAAUGCUAGGAGAUCUUCUAGGCAAAGGGUGCAUGUUUCAUAUGUUGAAACCGAUGAUGAUGAUGAUUUGGAGAGCCCUUCCAAAAAACAACAGCACAAUGAAUCUUUUGACACCAAUGGAUUUGUCAAAAAGGAAGAGCCUGCAGGUGGAGGGUUGUCCAAUAACAGUAAUCCUGCUAGUUCUGCUGCUGGGGUAACCGAUCAGAAUGGAAAGGUGAGAAGUGAAGUUUGUGAUCCACCUGAAGAAGCAUUUUCACAGAACAAAAGCAAAAUUGGGCACUCUCAUAUUCAAAAGGAGAUGUCCAAUGCAGAUCCUGGUCUUAGAACCUCAAAAGAGGACCACUGCUCUCCAUUUAAUUCAAAUGGCCCGUCUGAUGUGGAGUACAUUAUUUGUCCUGAUGCAGAAUUCAAUAAUUUUGAGAAGCACAAGGCCGAGGAAUGUUUUGCUGUUAAUCAAUUCUGGGCUAUUUAUGAUCCUGCUGAUGCUAUGCCAAGAUUUUAUGCUCUCAUAAAGAAAGUGUUCUCCCCUUUCAAGCUUGUGAUUACUUGGUUAGAACCUGACCCAGGUAACGAAAGUGAGAUUGAUUGGCAUAAUGCAGAUUUGCCUGUUGCUUGUGGUAAGUUCAGACUUUGUGGUUCUCAGAAUACUACAGAUGCUUGUAUGUUUUCUCACCAAAUAGGCUGUUUGAAAGGAAGUGCCAGAGGUUCUUAUCUGAUAUAUCCCAAGAAGGGAGAAACCUGGGCAAUUUUCAUGGAUUGGGAUAUCAAAUGGAGUUCAAAUCCAGAAGAUCAUUCAAAUUAUAAAUUCGAUUUUGUGGAAAUCCUAUCAGAUUUCACUGAAAAUGUUGGCACUGAAGUUGCUUUUCUCAGUAAAGUUCAAGGAUUUAUCAGCGUCUUUCAGAAAAAUGAGAAUGGAAAGAACACAUUUUCCAUUCCACCUAAUGAGUUAUAUCGGUUCUCGCAUCAAAUUCCUUCAUGCAAGAUGACUGGUAGUGAAAGGGAAGGUGUUCCUAGAGGUUCUUUUGAAUUUGAUCCUGCUGCCGUUCCUCCUGAUCUCCUUGGGAGGUCGUGAUUUUGAUUAUGAUGUUAAGAGGGAGAAUGGAAUGUUAAAAGUUAAUAGUAUAAUGAUAGUGGUGCUGUUUAGAGAUUCUCAAUCUUCUGACAUUCAACAAGGGGACAGCAACAUACGUAUACAAAUAGUGGUCUUGACUAAGAAAGAUGAGGUAGUGCUACUGCUAUUGAGAGGGUAAAACAUCCCAAGAAACAUUGAAAAAAAAAGAAAAAGAAAAAAGAGGGGCACGUGUUUCCCCAUUUGCUAGUGUUAUGUAUUUUGAUUAGUUAUUGAAGAUGCUGUCUUAUGUACAUCUAUUUGUUAGGCAUAACUUCGUCUGAUGUUUUGUUGUGGUUUGACAUUCAUGUGGUUGGAGAAAUAUGACGUGGUCUUUUACGCUCUUAUA